AUGUUAACCUUACUCCCGCAGUUGCAGGAUGUGCCUUGGAUUGAUCACGUGGAUUGGCACAUUGGCUAUGUCUUUGACAACAAUCUCUUAGCAAGAACUGUCGAGGGGGUCACAGGAGCUAGCUUAUUUGGCGACAACGAGUUCAUUAAGAGAUGUGCGGUCAUGCAACGAUCGUGGCUGCAAAAAGCUGUAGUAGAGCGCUUUGUGUGUGUCUUGGAUUCUCGCGUGGGCUCAUAG